AUGGCCGCAACAAAGCACGCACUCGCCGAGGAUGAGACCGUUCGACCGAGCAAAAAGACAAAGGUCCACAAUGGCGACAAUGUUUCCGAAGCCCAAUUGAAGAAAGAAAAGAAGGACAAGAAGAGGGAGAAGAAGGACAAGAAGGAGAAAAAGAAGCGCAAGGCAGAAGAUUCUGAGCUUACAGACGGUGAUUCAAGAGAGAACGAUCUUGAGGCACAACGCAAGGCCGCGAAGAAAGCCGAGAAAAAGGAGCGGAAAGAAAAGAAGCUCAGAGAAGGACAAGAGUCGCCAGAGGCGACUGCUACUGAAGAGAAUGGUGGCGAGCCUACUGAGCAACCCAAAAAGUCCAAAAAGGACAAGAAGAAGAAGGAAAACAAAGUUAGCAAUGGUGAAACUGCUAACACUGCAUCUGGUCCAUAUGCGCAAACCGUCAGCCUGUCCAACAUCGCUCAAGCGGAUAUUGAUACCUUCAUGUCGACCAACCAAAUUACCAUCACUGACCCCAGAGGCGAGGUAUCAUCGCUGCGACCUGUUACCGAAUUUCACCAUCUUCCUUCCACGAACUUGCUCGAGAAGACUCCAUCACCGUUCGCGAACUACAAGGCUCCUACUCCGAUCCAGGCUGCCUCGUGGCCGUCAACACUUUCUGGCAGGGAUGUCGUUGGUGUCGCUGAGACCGGUUCGGGAAAGACCAUGGCUUUCGCAUUGCCCUGUGUUGAGGCUGUUUCUGCCAUUGGUAAGAAGGGUACCAAGGCUGUCAUUGUCUCUCCAACCCGUGAGCUUGCCAUGCAGACACAUACACAGUUGGCGUCACUAGCCGCCUUGGCCAAAUUGAAAUGCGUCUGCUUGUACGGUGGUUCGUCAAAGGACGACCAAAGAGCCCUGGUCAAUCGAGGUGCCGAUAUCAUCGUGGCUACUCCUGGCCGCUUAAAGGACUUCAUGUCCGACGGCACUGUCGAUUUGAGCGGGUGCUGUUUCGCCGUUCUCGACGAGGCUGAUCGCAUGCUCGACAAAGGAUUCGAGGAUGACAUCAAACAGAUUCUCGGGGCCUGCCCCAUCAGAGAGAAGCGACAGACUCUCAUGUUCACUGCAACCUGGCCGCAGUCUGUGCAGGCUCUGGCUUCCACUUUCAUGGUUGAUCCCGUCAAAAUCACGAUUGGUUCCGGUGGCAAAGAAACCGAGAACGGCUCUGUUGAACUGCAAGCCAAUACUCGCAUCGCCCAAACAGUUGAGGUUGUCGACCCCAAGGACAAGGAGUUCCGCCUGCUCCAAAUUCUGAAAAAGCACCAGCAGGGCAAGCAGAAGAACGACCGCAUUCUUGUAUUCUGCUUGUACAAGAAGGAAGCCACGCGCGUUGAGAACUUUCUCAGCCGCAAGGGUAUUCGCGUUGGUGGCAUUCAUGGUGAUCUGAAGCAGGAACAGCGAACACGAAGCUUGGAGGCAUUCAAAACCGGCCAGACACCAGUGCUUGUUGCUACCGAUGUGGCUGCUCGUGGAUUGGACAUUCCCGAGGUUAAGCUCGUUAUCAAUGUGACCUUCCCAUUGACAAUUGAGGAUUACGUCCACCGAAUUGGUCGAACUGGCCGUGCUGGUAACACUGGCGAGGCUCACACAAUGUUUACCAUCCAAGACAAGGCGCACUCCGGAUCCUUGGUCAACAUUCUCAAGGGUGCAAAUCAGCCCGUCCCCGAUGAACUUCUCAAGUUCGGCACGACUGUCAAGAAGAAGACUCACGACAUGUACGGAUCGUUUUUUAAGGAUGUUGACAUGACCCAAAAGUCGACCAAGAUUACAUUUGACUAG